AUCUGAGUCGUCGGCGAGGUUCGACGUGAAAAAUCGGUCGAAGAAGCAAAAGCAGGUCACUGAAAAAAGAAAUAAAAACACGGAAGCUGAAGCUGUUGCGGGAAAAAGCUUGUCCAAAUUAGGGUUCCCGAAUUCGAAUUCGAACCACCAACGAGAAAUUUGCAGGAAAACUGAAAUGGGGGACGGCAUAUGGAACCGGCAGCAGCAGCAGCAGCAGCAUCAACUGGGUCCCUCUGGCGGUGUACAUAAACGACCUCGUUCCGACUACGGUCAAGAGAUGCAUGGUUAUUUUGCACGAGAGGAUGAUCUUGGUGGUCCUAGGACUGUAAAGGAUAACAGAUCAAUUGGAUCAGCAUAUGACCGCUAUCUUCAGAAUGCGGAAAUGGCUUCGUACACUUCUGGAGAAGCAAGUACUUUUGGUGGAGCUGGAAUGGGAAGGGCUGUUGGCGGUGGAAUGACGGGUCCUACAAUGGCUGAUCAUUCUAUGAGGGGUCGUCCUGGAGCUAUGUCUUCUGAUGUACUAACAAAUGGUCGAAAUUUGAAUCUUGCUAAUCAGCUCCCAGUUGAUUCAAUGCCUAGGCCUGGACGUGAAACAGUUCCUUUACCUCUGGAUGCAUCCAGCACUUUAUAUGUUGAAGGACUUCCUCCUGACAGCACAAGGAGGGAAGUAGCUCAUAUCUUUCGUCCUUUUGUGGGAUACAAAGCAGUGAGGCUUGUGAGCAAAGAGUCCAAACAUCGUGGCGGGGAUCCUCUUAUUCUUUGUUUUGUGGAUUUUGAAAAUCCAGCCUGUGCGGCAACUGCUCUGAGUGCCUUGCAAGGUUAUGAAAUGGAUGAACAUGCUCCUGAUUCUAAUUACUUGCGACUGCAGUUUUCUCGGUUCCCGGGUCCCAGGUCCGGACCUGGCCGUAACAAGAGGUGAUAGGCAUUAGGUGAUGAGAGAUGUGUUUUUGAUGUAAUCAAGAUUGCAUUUGCUUUUAUACAUUCCAUAUAUAUAUUGCUCAGGCUUGGGCACACGCUAAUUGUAAGCACUUCUGAUGCACAUUGUUGUUUCGAGUUAGUGAAAUCAGAAACAGUUUUAUAGUUGUGCAAUUAAACGGAGAUCUGAUUUUGCA